GACGUGAAGGAGCGCCUGCGGAUGCAGGCGAUGGCCAUACACGGCAUGUCGUUCGACAUGUACAAGAUGAGCCACGACUUGACCACGGGCCACGAGCUCGAGAGGACCGACCCAGAGGGGCUCGCCGCGGAGGAGGCCGAGUACGUGAACAAGGUGGGGAGCCUCGUUGGCGCCAAGUUCGCCAGCCAGCCGACCUUGCUGCACCCGCGCGCCUACAACAUCCAGGCGCGGCGCGCCAAGGCGCAGCGGCCGCCGGGCGCGGCCGCGCGGCAGGCGGGCCUGACAGCAAGCGCGAGUGCCCCCACCAUCAGGGUCAGCAGCAGCCUGGCGAACGCCGGCACCUUCUCGCUGGGACCAG